UCCGUCAGUGGAGCAGGACUAGGCACAAGAAAAACGAAGAACCGACUGAUUGCUAACUUCUGGCCUGUGAGCGGCUGAAUGUUGGACAGGAAAUUUGACGCAGACAGCUUUACGGAAAAUAGCAUUUGUUGCAUUCAGAGGUUCGCCGAUCUGAGCGGCGCGGAUGACAAAGAAGCGUCGCCGUGCAAACUUUCUCAACCGGGUUUGAUCGCUCGUAAAAACCCAACAGGGAGCUCUGUUUUUCUCCCCAACGGAGGCGUAAAGAAGAGGACACCAUGCCACGGCGCACCGUGCAAGAAGUAACAGUGCAAGAUGUCCAGAAGCGGAGAAAUCCGAACAAACACUACGUUUACAUUAUCAAAGUGUCCUGGAGCGAUGGCAGCACAGAAAUCAUUUACAGACGCUACAGCAAGUUCUUCGACCUGCAGAUGGAAUUGCUGGAUAAAUUCCCGGUGGAAGGAGGCCAGAAAGACCCUAAGCGCAGGAUCAUUCCAUUUCUACCAGGGAAGAUCCUGUUUAGGAGGAGCCAUAUUAGAGAUGUGGCCAUGAAAAGGCUAAGGCCUAUCAACGAGUACUGCAGGGCCCUCAUUCAGCUGCCGGUCUACAUCUCACAGUGCGAGGAAGUCCGAGUGUUCUUUGAGACCAGACCUGAAGACCUCAACCCGCCCAAGGAAGAACCCAUCGGAAAGAAGAAAUCAGGGAUUGUGGAGAGAGCGACUACUUUCCUAAAGCGAGGAGAUUCCACCUCAGCAGACCCUCUCCUCCUCGACCAGUACGUGGCAGUAACAGACUAUGAGAAGCAGGAGAGCUCUGAGAUCAGCCUGCAUGUGGGUCAGGUGGUGGAGGUCAUUGAGAAAAAUGAGUCAGGGUGGUGGUUUGUUAGUUCAGAAGAUGCCCAGGGCUGGGUCCCUGCCACCUGCCUUGAGGCACAGGAUGACCCUGAUGACUUCACUUUUCCAGGGGAAGAAGAGGAGAAGUACUCAGUGAUUUACCCGUACUCGGCCAGGGACGAGGAUGAGAUUGACCUGGAGAGGGGCAUGAUUGUCGAGGUGAUUCAGAAGAACUUGGAGGGCUGGUGGAAGAUCAGGUACCAGGGCCGUGAGGGCUGGGCCCCAGCCUCCUACCUGAAGAAGUCUGACAUCCAGAGCCAGAAGCAGUCAGCAGGGGCUGCUGCUCAUGCCAGUACCAACGACCUAGACGGGGUUUCGAAACAAAACCAGCAAAACAAUGCGGCCAGAGAGAACCGAGACAGCAGCCAGAAAGAAAACCGACUCUCAUUUUUCUCCGACAACAAAAAAGUGGGAUCAAGACACAGACCUCCUCCACGCAGAGAUCUUACCAUUCCACGUGGUACAAACCUACCCAAGCCCCCCAUUCCUCCUCAGGUUGAGGAAGAGUUCUACACCAUAGCGGACUUCCAGACCACCAUUCCUGAUGGUAUUAGCUUCCAAGCUGGAGUCAAAGUUGAGGUGAUUGAGAAAAAUGCCAGUGGUUGGUGGUACAUCCAGAUAGAUGACAAAGAGGGCUGGGCCCCGGCCAACUUCAUUGACAAGUACAAGAAGACCAGCAAUGCCCUGCGACCUAAUUUCCUUGCCCCUCUUCCCAAUGAGAUGGAGAAGCUGAGACUGGAAGACGGCGGUUCCUCAAGUGUUUCAGGCACAGACGAAAGCUGGUCCAAGCCUUUACCAGAUGAGCCAACCACAGCCUCGGAGUCCUGUGCCCGGCCUAAACUGAGAGAUUGGAAGUCCAGUGCCAGCAAAGGGGCCUCUGGGCCUUUACCCCCAGCCCCAGCUGCCCCUCCAGUCGAAGAGAAACCAGCUCUGCCACCUCGAAGGGAGUCCAUUAAUAAGAGCUUUGAAUUGGAGGUAGCAGAGAAACCGAGAUCUGAUCAUUCCAAACCUUUGCCCCCAAAACCCCCAGCUCCUGGGGUCAUCAUGCCACUGGUUACACCCAAGGCAGCCCCCUUCAAACAGGACAAACCGCCAGAUGCCAAGAAAGAAGAUAAGAGCAAACCACUUCUCCUUCGGAAUGAGAUGGGUCUUGAAUGUGGCCACAAGGUCUCAGCCAAAGAGGUGAAGAAGUUUAAUCUGAAACCGGUACCCAAACACCCACCAAAACCCAAAUCAGAAGCACAGGAGGAGAAAGCAGAGGCCACCGGCCCAGCAGUGUUCAUGAAGCCGAAGCCAGUGAUCCGACCUAAACCUGUUCCAGCUGCCAAACCAGAUCCUCCAGCAGAAAACAAACUGGACAUCACCAACCUGAGAAGCAAGCUGAGGCCACCAAAACCUGCAGACCCCGGCUCUGCAUCUGACGCCACUGCAGCAGUGAAUAGUUCUCAACCCAGUCAACCCCCCAGCUCUCCCCCCAUCCAUAUCCCUACCCUCAAUAAUGGCAAGCACUGUGACGAGCCAAAACUCCCCCCAAAACACAUCAAUGGUCACAGCCAGGAGAGCUCAUCACCCCCUGCAAAACCAGCAGUGCCUCCCCACAAGGAACCCCCUCAAAGACCCCCCUCCAUGGCUCCGAGGAGACCUCCUCCUCCAAAGAAGGAGAACCCAUCCAGCCCAACUGAGCUCAAACCUCCUCCUGCUCUAAAAGAAGCCCAGGACAUACCCAAGGCCCCACCACCCCAACUCAGCAGACCCCCACCCCCGAAACCCAAAGGGUUUGCUCUGGCGCCUCCAAACAAAGAGAAAGAAGAGCCCAAAGCGAACAAAGUCCCGAUUCCUCCCAAGCCCCUGGUGAAGAGCGAGAAGCCCGGCCCGCCCAAGGACAAGCUUCCACCUUUACUCAAGGACCCCAGUAAGGAUGAGCUGUAUCUAGCUGUGGCGGACUUUGAAGGGGAUGAAAACACAUCCAGCUUCAAGGUGGGUACAGUGUUCGAGGUGCUGGAAAAAAACGGCAGCGGCUGGUGGUUCUGUAAAAACGUACGAGAAGAAGUCGAGGGCUGGAUCCCCUCGAAUUACCUGAGCAAGAAACCUUAGUUUGAACGUGCUCUCAAACCAUCGCCAUAAGAAUAAAUAAACUAAGGUUUUAAAUGAACAAAAUAUCACUAGUUUUUAGCUUAUUAGCAUUUUCUUUUUUAUUUAUAGGUACCUUUUUUUAAUUGACACAUUUUUGUUACGUUUCAUUUUGAUAAAAAUAUUCUACCUAAACUGAACCAGCAAUAACACAUCACCUUUGUGGGGUCUUGUGAUGUUUACUUCUUUUUUUUAAUCUAAAUAUUACAUGAACUCUUAGGUAAAGAGGUUAGACGCUAGAACAGCAGCAAAUGUAUCUCCACCCAUGCCUUCUAUGAUACGGUGCCUCUAUGUUAUAUGCAAAGUGCUUCAGCACUUAAUAUACUGUAUGCAACAGUAGAUAUAGUCCUUCUCUCCUAAAAACCUUUGACUAGAAACCUAAAAUCUGCAUAGCAGGAGAAUACACUAGACGUUCAAAUCCAGUCAGUCUUUCCCCAGCAGUAGACGAAAAAACCUCUUAGACAAAGACUGCACACAAACUCACUGGGGGAGUUCAAUGACUACAUAUAUCUGAGCUUUCAAGUGCUAUUAGCUGUUACUAAAAGAGAUGUCUUUGCCAAGUAGAAGUGCUGUUUGUUAUAGUAGAAACAUGCAUAUUAGUUUUCCGUGCUAUCGUAACGCUUUCUUCGUCGACUGCGUAAUUAAUGUUGCAGUGACUUGUAACAGAUGUGCACUUUGUCCGUCAUUUCAGAGGAGGUAAGUUUAAGGUUUGCACACGCUGAAGGAAGGUGGAAGAAUGCCACAGUGCAUUUCAUUUCUUAGUUUUAGUUGUCAUUUUAUUAGCCAAGUUUUGUUUUAUACUCACUGUAACAAAUGUCCACCAAUGUAAAAGAUGAGGCUAGAACAUCCAGAUGUCUGACCUAAGAAAUGAGAAAUUGGAGAUCUACAGUGAUUUGUGCAAUGAUUUACAGUAUUGUAAGUGUACAGUCUGUUCUUAACCGAAGUUUGGUGCUCAAAUAACAGCAAAGUAUGACCAUUGUAUAAAAAAUAAUGUUUUACAUUAAUGCUUGACUGGUCUCAAGCAUGGUCAGUAUAGCAAAUUAUUUUUUAUUGUACAGAAAUGAGAGGCAUAUCUUAGCUGUUGUCACUUUUCUCUGAUGGCCCAUCUGUUCUUUCACUCUGUACUGAUGAAGGGAUUAGAAGGAGGAAAGAGCCAAGAAGGAAUUUGGUUGGUUGAUUUGUGGGAUUUUCCGAUGAGAGGAAAUGCAGACAGUUGUGUUGUUUCUGUCGAGAGAUAAAUGAAAAACAAGUAUGUGAAAGAACUGGCUGCUAAUUUCACAAGUGGUCCAGAAACGAUUGUCUUCUAUACAUUCAUAAAGUGUUUAGGUUUACUGAAUAAAUAAGCAAAAUUGGAAAAUAAAAUGUUCAUGGUUGGUAAUACAAUCAGACAAGGCUUAAAGCUGUAACACUGAUUCUUGUUCUGCUUCUAGUCGCUAUAAUGUUAUUCAACCUUCCACCCACGUUUUAGAAAGAAAUGACAGCAACUAGAAAAAAAGGGCGAGUUUUCAACAUGCUGUACUCAUCUUCAGGUGUGUUAGAUGGAUAAAUGCAAGAAGGUGCAGUACAGUGCGAGACAAAUGGGUUGAUGGUGUCGUCAUUUCAGUAUUGUAAUCUUAUUUACUUUUUUGCUAUGUAUUUUUCAUUACAUUGAGUCUCCUUUUACUUAAGUCAAUAAAAGUUUCUGAUUUUUCAGUUCA